CCCGUCCCUAGCACAGCUUCCUCUUUCUCCUCCUCCUCCUCCUCUUCUUCAUCCUCAGCUCGCGUGCCCUUGCUGACGCUGUGUCCUUAAGCACCGCGAGCGCACGACGCUGACCGGUCCUCUUUCUUCUUGUCCUUUCAUCUUCGACAAACCCCCUUUCUAUUCGUUCGCCUGUCCGGCAACCGGUUAUUCGUUACAUGCCAGCCAUGGUCGCCCUCGUCCUUACAGACUCGCCCAGCAUACGUGCUGUUCUUGUUUCCUGCGCUGCCUCCAUUCUUCUGCUCGUUGUCGCCCGCAUAUUGUUCGCUGUUAUGCGCCUCAGCCUCUCGACCGUCCAGAACGAAGCCAAGCAGUCGCCCGUACCUAUCCAGUGGAAGCUCCCUAACCUCGCCUCCCUCCCGAGCGUUCUUCCCUUCGAACUUACCCUCGACAUCAAGCAGCCCGCGGUAGUUGGGGCUGGAGUUGGCGUUGGUAUGGUCUCGCCGGGCUCUGAGCUGCCAAUAAACUGGCAGCACAGUGCCUCCCGUUCUCAGUUCCGGACACCACAAGCUGCAAUCUACCAGAGUCGUAUGCCUCUGUCAGCCGCCAAGAUCAUCAUGUCGCGACAUACUUUCCGUCGUCCGGACCCUAACCGUCAACGCCGCGUAUCGACCUCUACGAACCGGAAUCACGUCCCACAACAGCCUACCUCAAGCCUCAUUAACUCGAUUGCAUAGGCGGCGCUCUCUGUUGGGCCACUCUCACCCUCGGCCCUCGGCAUCGCCUGGCGUCACCCCUACUCGGCCUGCGCAGCAUUAGCAUCUACAACUCAAAUUACGCAUACCCACACAUAACUUAUUAUUGCCACGCUCCUGCCCCUGGCCGCCCUCACCCUCGACUCGGGAUCUUGCUUUGCCUAUACACCCUCCGACACGACCCCGAGCCCGGAAUAACCUAUUCUAUUGCGCUAGUCCGUGCAUGCCUGCACUUGGCUGUCUCAUGGCACGCAUCACAUGGGUGCAUACGUUGGCUAAUGGAAGUAAUACGACCCGACGCAGCACCUCUUUCUCCCUACCCCCUUUCCUCGAGUCACCAGGAUGGGCUCUCAGGCCUGCCCAUUCAGCCCUUGUCUGGGACUCGGGACACGGGAACGCGGUAGUGCUCGUCAUGUUUCACGGACUGAACCCACGGACAAAAUGAACGGACAAACACUUCCCACCUACGGAAACCUCUUCGGAUUAACUUAUGAACCUUCAGGACAGUGAUGAAUCGAGGACUGUUCAGCUCCCCCGCCCUUCGUACUACCCCUUACCCGUAUGGACCGUAUUGUAUAGCCUUGUACAUAGUACGAGUGUGUGCAUACGUGGCGUCGGAUAAAAUGUUGACGUAUGUGCUGCAGCCACAUAUGCCUCCAGCCCCCUUCAAGGCAGACUACCACGCCCUCACCUAGUUUCGCCGGCUUCGCGAAGCUACGCCAUCGUACCGCAGCGGAUCCAAGACCCCUUUGGUCGCAAGGCUCCCAAGUGGCCGCUCCAUGCACAUCAUGCCAGUUCGUAUCGUAGCCCCCACGGUCCCACCAGCAAAGCUCCAGCAAGCACCCCAUUCCCUAGAUCUCCAACCUGUCGUUUUUGCAGUGUUUCGUGUCGCUUAUUCCUGGACCGUGCUAUCGAUCGACAUCAUUUCUCCCAUGGCAUCAUCGCACUCGCACCUCGCAUCACUCGCCCGUUACCCACGUUUCAGUGUUGGACCUUUUGUUUCUCCUACACACCGCGAACUAGUCUAUUCGCCUUUGUUCUCUUUGGACCUAUUUUUAUAUGGCUUGAUUUGAUUACCUACGAAAUGUGUUUUUGAAUUUGUUCGAAUUCGAGUUCUAGCUCUAGUUCUAUUACGACGUCGUUUUAGUCGAUUCCUCUUUCCUGUGGACACCUUUUCUUUUCUUUCGUUCUUUUCAUAUACCCAGCUAAUCACGUUUCUUGCAUACUUCUACUUCGAAACUUCGUGGAUGGAUAGGGGGCAGUGACAGCAAUGACAGUUGCUACGCUACGAUGCGUUGUGGUGGAGGUGUGGGUAUGAGAUUGGGGUGGUUGGAAAAUACCAAUACCAAUGAAACUUUCAAACUAAACUCUCGCUUACGCCGUGUGUGCGAGCUCUUGUCGUUGCGACGGUCUUGCAAGGGUG